GACACUAUUUUGUUUCAAUAGAGGCCACUAUUCAGUGGAACGGAUACCGCAGUUUCUACGUUCGAGAGCUUAAAUACCGUGCGGCCGUCAAUUAUGCGUAGCACUACAUUGCUCGGGUUCCCCGAGGACACUUACCCUCACUCACGACCAUGUUGCACAGGCUCUCACUCGUGAUAUGCGCUCUACUGGGAUGGUCCCUAUGGCAGAUCAUGCUGUACUUGCGUAUGCGCAGAGCGAGCAAGCUUCUGUACAGCUUACCGGGACCACCGUCGGCGUCGUUCUUGAGCGGCAACUUACGGCAAUUCUUCGCCCGGAAUGGUCUAGACUUCCAUACUCAUGUUGCGACGGAUUACGGGUCAGUGGUCAAGCUCAACGGCUUCGUGGGCUAUCCGAUGAUCUACGUCUCCGACCCGAAAGCACUUCACACAAUGUUGAUCAAGGAGGAGCAUAUCUUCCAAGAAGCCGAAGACUCACUUACGGUUAACUCGGCAUUGUUCGGCACCAGCUUGGCCUCGACGCUCGGUGGUCACCACGCAAAGCAACGUAAGCUCAUAAACCCGGCAUUCUCCGUCAACCACAUGCGCGAGAUGCUCCCAUUGUUUUACGAUGUGACUCGCAAGCUCCGUGAUGCAGUUGCCUCACGCAUCACUGGCGAGCUGCAAGAAGUAGACAUGUACAGCUGGCUGAGCCGUACGGCCCUUGAGCUCAUCGGCCAGGGCGGUUUGGGCUACUCAUUCGAUCCUCUCGUCGAAGACUGCCAAGAUGAAUACGGUGAUACCCUGAACCGCUUGACGCCGAACCUCGACAGCCUCCUACUCUUUCGUAAGCUCGUUCCUUGGUCAACAUGGCUUCCAACCUGGAUGCGACGCGGAUUUAUGCAACUGUUCCCCGCCGGCUCUCCACCGCGUAACCUCGUUCACAUCAUCGACACGAUGGACAGGCGGUCCAGGGAGAUCUACACCGAGAAGAAACACGCGUUCGAGAAUGGUGAUGCGGAAGUGGUGAAGCAGGUCGGGAGUGGAAAGGACAUCCUUAGUAUCCUCAUGCGAGCCAACUCAGCGGCCGACGUGAACGACAGGCUUCCGGAAGAGGAGGUCAUCUCGCAGAUGAACUUGUUCAUAGCAGCCGGGCAAAAUACAACAACCAACGCAACAGCGCGCGCCCUACAAAUUCUCGCAGAGAAACCCGCUUAUCAAGCGCGACUGCGCAAGGAGCUAUUGGAAGCACGGGCUGCGGACGGUCUGCUAUACGACGAGUUGAACCACCUCCCGCUGCUUGACAGCAUCAUCCGCGAGACUCUACGACUCUACUCUCCCACAGUGGUUCUCCUCCGCGUAGCGACGGAGGACACUGUGCUGCCUGUUUCGGAGCCGAUCCAGACUGUGGAUGGGAAACAACUGAAUGAGAUACCUGUCCCAAAGGGUACAGAGUUUUUUAUAGGCUCCCUUGGGUGUAACGCGAACAAACGUAUCUGGGGAGAGGACGCCCUCGAGUGGAAGCCCGAACGCUGGCUACCUUCAUUAGCCACCUCUGUCACGGACGCCCGUAUCCCAGGCGCAUACUCGAACCUGAUGACGUUCUUAGCAGGAAAGCGGGCGUGCAUCGGGUUCAAGUUCGCCGAGAUGGGGAUGAAGGUCCUAUUGGCUAUGCUUAUCUCUCAUUUCACCUUCGAGCUGAGCGAACAGCCGGUCGUGUGGAACGUUGCUGCUGUCGUGUACCCUUCAGUGGGGUACACGAGCUUGGACCCCGAACUUCCUAUGAAGGUCAGCCUGUACGACGCAGAAUUGCAAUGAUCGAUAUCCUACGGUACGCAAAGUCGUAAUUGAUGGGCGUGAUUGCCUUUUAGCUGGUGGAUACCUAGUCGGCGAGAUUGCACUUCAAAUGCCCACAGCAACUCCAAGGUUGGUUCUGAUUCGGCUCUUCAUUAGUGAACCUAAUCAGGAU